UAUAAACUACCUGAACUAGUUUUGCCAGUGCAGCUACCAAGAACAAACCUAAGAUAUAGGAUUUCUUGUCAAAACUCAAAACAGUCAGCUGCUGGGUGAUGUAAUCAUAACGAUCGAAAUACCUGUGCUAAUAGUGGGUUUCCUAUUACCAGUGUUUGGUGUACUUCUUAUUUCGAGGUUAUUCGUGGACCAAAAAAUAAUUGAAACAUUCGCAUGAACGUUUUAUGGGAAUUUUAAACUUUUAAACAUGUUAUCUACAAUACCGAAAACCUUGACGUCAUCAGCACGAGCGGCUCGUAAUCAACUUUUUCAGACUUUGAAAAUUUUAACUAUAGCCGAUGAUCAGCAGAGGAGAAAUAUCACUGGAGAUAUUAUAUCUCCUGGUCAAGUACUGGGAAUCGAUCACCUCCGAGAUCCUCGGUUAAACAAGGGUUUGGGAUUCACAUUAGAGGAACGUCAAGCACUUGGUAUACAUGGUCUUCAACCUGCUCGUUUUAAAACUCAAGAAGAACAACUAGAACUUUGUAGGAUAUCUAUUGAACGUUAUCAAGAAGAUUUGAACAAAUAUAUCUAUUUGACGGAAUUGCAAGACAGGAACGAAAAGUUGUUUUUCAGACUUUUAUCUGAAAACAUAGAGUCGCUUAUGCCUAUAGUUUACACACCAACGGUAGGUCUGGCUUGUCAAAAGUUUGGAUUGAUAUAUAGACGACCAAGAGGAUUGUUUAUUACUAUCAACGACAUAGGACACGUGUUCGACGUUCUUAAAAAUUGGCCCGAACCUAACGUUAAAGCUAUUGUCGUGACUGACGGUGAAAGAAUUUUGGGUUUGGGUGAUUUGGGUGCAUGCGGGAUGGGUAUUCCCGUCGGAAAGCUUGCCUUAUAUACUGCAUUAGCCGGUAUUAAACCUCAUGAAUGUCUACCAAUAGUUUUAGAUGUCGGUACCAACAACCAGAAUCUUCUUGAAGAUCCUCUCUACGUUGGUCUAAGACAAAAACGUACAACUGGAAAAUUGUACGACGAUUUCGUGGACGAAUUCAUGGAAGCCGUUGUACAACGCUACGGUCAAAAUACCCUUAUUCAAUUUGAGGAUUUCGGUAAUCACAACGCUUUCCGUUUCCUUAAUGCUUACCGAGAACAAUAUUGCACUUUUAACGAUGAUAUACAAGGAACCGCCAGCGUAGCCGUAUCCGGAUUAUUAGCUUCCAAGAGAUUAACCAACAAGAAACUCAGCGAUAAUAAAUUUUUAUUUCUUGGAGCCGGAGAAGCUGCAAUAGGUAUAGCAGAUUUGACGGUGAAAGCUUUGGAAAAUGAAGGAUUGAGUACCGAAGAAGCUAGAGGCAGAAUAUGGAUGGUCGAUAUCGAUGGACUAUUAGCAUUGGAUAGGCCUGAGGGCAAUUUGGAUGGACACAAAAAGUUGUAUGCUAAAAAACAUGAACCCAUCAAAGACUUUGCUGCAAUUGUAAACGAAAUCAAACCGUCAAUAUUAAUAGGCGCCUCCGCUGUUUCUGGAGCAUUUACACCCGAAAUUUUAAAAAACAUGUCGACUUUUAACGAAAGACCAAUUAUUUUUGCUCUCAGUAAUCCUACUAGCAAAGCAGAAUGUACAGCUGAACAAGCAUAUACUCAUACAGAGGGACGUGCAAUAUUUGCCAGCGGUUCUCCUUUCGGAAAAGUCCACUUUGGUGAUAAACUGUUUCAACCAGGACAAGGAAACAACGCAUACAUUUUCCCCGGUGUAGCUUUAGGAGUACUGUUGGCAGGUAUCCACCAUAUCAAUGAACAGAUUUUCUUAAUAGCAUCUGAAACAGUCGCAUCGAAUGUAUCUGAUGAGGAUCUGAAGAGAGGCAGUUUGUAUCCACCGCUCAGUUCAAUUAAAGAGUGUUCAAUGCAAAUUGCUUGCCAGAUUUUGGAGUACGCUUAUAAAGAACGUAUAGCAUCAGUAUAUCCAAAACCGAAAGACAUGAGAAAGUAUGUGGAGUCUCACCAAUAUAAUCAUAACUACGAACCGUCUUUGCCACAAACGUGGCCAUGGCCUAAUCCUCCUUACAUCAAAACAAGACCAUUAGAACCCACGAAGCUAAAAGCAUAGUCUACAUUUUAGAAAAUUUUUUUAGAUUUUAAGUUAAUUUUUUCUUUUUUUUAUGUAUAAAUUAUUGUUUUACAUUAUAAGGGUUUAUUUAUUUAUUUGUUGUACAUAUAUGAAUAUACACAGCAGGUUUAUACCAGGUGUUGAUCAUAAAAUACCCCAAAUUUAAUAAAAUAUUGACAAUUCCGAUCUAUAAGAAAAUUUUACGAUUUAAUUGAAAAAUGCACAUAAAAAGAAUGCGAAAGAAUAGGAGAAAAUUAAUAAAAUGGAAUAAAUAAUUUAAUAAUAAUAAUUCAAAUAUAAACUAGAUAUUAAAAAUAAGUGUAAAAAGUGAGAAAAUACAAAGUUUUACCAUUUAAUUUAUAUUGGAUAUGCAGGGAUGGUUCGGAAAGUUGUGAGUAUAAAAUACUAUUAUCUUAUAUUGAUUGUGUUAUAUCGCUUCCGAUAGUUUUAGAAGUAGAACCAGUGCAUAUAAAAAUGUUUAAGUCUAGUUUCACAGUUGCUAUCAAAAGUCACGUACAUGAUGAGGUAAUAAAAUCAAUGUAUUAAGCUGACAUUUUUUUACAACUUUACGAUACGUUGCGGAUAUUAAGUCUUACUCCUCUAGGAAGAAUCUUCGUUAUUUUAGACAAACAUCUACAACAAUACCUACAACCAAUUUUCAUUUCAAUUGAGAGGUUUUAUAAAAAAAAAACAAAAAAUUGUUACCUCUUUUUACCCCCUACCUAGACGGCUACCAUCUCAGUUUUUUUCAAUAGCAUGGGGGUCGUGCGAUAAUUUGUUGAAAAAGCAGAACUAAAAAAUGUAUUCCACUUGGCUUAAAUCUCAAAUAUUUAUUAAUUAUUGAAUUCCAUUGGUCCAUAGACGAGUUUUAUGUAAAACUUUAUUAUAAUAUUGUUUCUCUAUGCUUAAACAAUAAAGAAUAUGGCAUUUUAUCUGACCCUCAUAGUCUAUUCAAGAUAAUUGUUCAAUAUAUGGCAUCAAUAGUUAUAUCUGGCCUCCCCCAUUUAUGAAUUAUAAUUGCUGCUAUUGGGACCCGCCACGGAAAUUUCCGUUAGAGAUACUAAAAUUUUUAUAAAAACGUAUCAGAAUGAAGCUUUUCCCGUAUCUCUAAGUCUUACCUCGUGAUCCGAAAUCGCCACCCUCCACGGAAAAAAACCGUGGUCGGAAACAAGGAAAUUUUCAAACUAACCUAAUCAUCAAUAUCCAAUUUCCACGGACUUAUUAAAGUUAUUCGAAAAUGAUUGUUAUUUCAACAAGAGGAUUCUCAACAAAAAAAAAAUAAUAUUGUACACCCGAACGUCCCAUCUGCAAAGAGACCAAUUCCUCGUGGUGAAGGCACUUCACCACCAAUUAAUAAGAAGGUGGCAAAUAAAAAUAUUUCUGGUCUACAAUCUCAAUCUUUCUAACGAUACAUCUUCAUACACUUUGGAUCUUCCAGUCCAUCUAAAGAAUCUCAUUUACUUAAACAAGGUGACUUAAAUGUUAGAGACUUAAGACUUUCAAAAUCUAGAGAUUAAAACCGUUGAUAAAAGUACUAGAGUUUCAUAUUUUAUACAAAUAUACAAUAUACACAUAAUACAAAAGCUGAGGAUUACCGACAAAUCAUUCGGGAGAUUUUUUCUGCUUAUAAAGCUCUAGGUUGCAAUAUGUCACUCAAGAUUCAUUUUUUGGACUCCCAUUGAUUUCUUUCCUGAAAAUCUUGGAACCGUAUCAGAUGAACAUGGUGAAAGGUUUCAUCAAGAUAUAAUGCAGAUUGAAAAACGCUUCAGUAGGAAAUGGUCAGCAGCUUUCUGAUUUUUGUUGGUCAAUUCGUCGAGAAACUCCAAUAGAAACGAUGAAAAGUAAAAAAAAACAUAAAAUAUUUAUUCAUAUUGUGACUAUAAUUUAGGAUUUUUCACUGUAUAACUUAGACCGUAAUAUUUUUUUAUUUUAAUUGAUAAUUUAAUAAUAUUAUUUGUUAAUUAAAUAAAUAUAUUGUAAAUCUACGUGUGGUGCUUAAUUGUAUAUCAAAUUCCGCGUUUAAAGAACAAAAUAUGACGAAUAAAAACAAGAAGGAGAAAAAAAUAAUUUCUUUUUUGCAAACCAGUGUAAUUUGAAAGCGAAAGUUUUUUAUUUGAAUGACAGUUGGUAAACACAUUGUUUUGUAAAAGAAUUUAUUUUAGAAUUUCCUAAAAGUAAACAUAUUGUUUCCGAGUCAUAAAACCAGGUAUAAUUUUAAAUAUAGAAUAAAACAUACAGACCCAGGAUAUUAAAUUAUUGUAAGUAGUUAGUUUUCUCUGAUCCUUAACAUUGUAAAAACAAAGUUCCAAAACUCUAGUUCAAAUAAAAGACAAUUUUCCUAGUA